AUGGCCACGGUUGAACAGGGUACUCCGUACAUCAGCCCCGUGCUUCAGGCUCGACUGGAUAUCCAGAGCGACAUCGACAUAUAUGCACGCGCAAUCAUUGACCUCAAAACGCGUCUCAAUACGCUUACUCCGAUAGGACGCCUCCCGCCCGAGUUGCUGUCUGAGAUACUAGUUCGUGGGGUGAUAGACGAAGAUGAUCGCUGGCCCUCCGACCACUACUACAGCCGCCUAGCUUGGAUCAAGCUGGCCCAUGUCUGUCGUCACUUCCGUGCAGUCGCACUCAGUACACCCCGGUUCUGGAGCCAUCUCCGAUUGGUGAAGAGCGACGUCUUCGCGGAGCUCCUUACGCGCUCCAAGAGCGCCCCUCUCCAUAUCAAGGCUCAUGUCGACGGGGGUUCAAAACGCGGGGAUCGUAUGACGGCUUUAGAAAUGCUUUUGCCUCACUCGCAUCGUAUAAAGGAGCUCCACAUCGACGGCCCCUCCAAGGCCAUCCAGUCCUUUUGCACCAAGACUGUCUCCCCCUUCGACGCUCUCGAGAAGUUGGAUCUGGCUACCCCAGUUGAUCCAUAUUUCGACAUGUCUGACUACCAAUCGCAUCUACCUGCCGUUGUCCCAAUCCUUGCCUCCUCGGCCCCUCCGCCGCAGCUCCGUCAUCUCGAAUUGCUAAGGUUUCCUUUCCGAUGGGACGACCUCCUCUUUUCCUCCAAGACCCUCACCACCCUGGUGGUCACUGGUGUCAACGUCAGAAACACUCGCGGUGUUUCACUUCCUGACGUUGGUACUUUCGACGCACUGUUUUCCGCUCUCGAAUCAGCUGCGCCUCGUUUGGAGGCUUUGACAAUCGAGGAUGCUAUCCCCAAACUGGGGUUCACCGCCUCCAGCCCAGUACAGCUUCCCCUCCCAUCACGGACUAUCCCGCUCUCGUCGAUCAAAAGCAUUUGUCUUGCUGGAGAUGCCGCCUACGUUGCGCAUCUGCUCAAUCAUAUAUCCUCCCCCUCCACGGCAUCGCUCCACGUGACGGUACGCAACCAGCUCGGCAUCCAGGAGCUCGCACAGUGCGUCGCAGCACAUAUGUCCAACAGGCCCCCUUUCCUAUCAGUAGUUCUCGCAUCGAGCGGACCCGACCCUUUCAUUCUGUCUGGCUGGACACAGCUUGGCGCAUCCCGCGACGCGCUCCUCCGGAUGACGUUCGGUUUGAUAUCCGCUGGCGACUAUCUGGUGCCCAUUCUCCAAGGGUUGGGAACCUUCUUUUGGCACGUCCAGAAGCUCAGGAUCUCGGGGAUGUUCGCGCUGUUGACGAUGAACAAGUGGACGAACGUCUUCACGCGCUUCCCCAGCAUCCGCACGCUGGUCUUGGACGAACACCCUUGGGGCGAUAUGCUGCCCGCUCUCACGACGACGCGCCGCCUGCAGAGUGGCAGGGUAUACGUGACAGCCCCCGUCCUGAGCGCCCUGCAUCUCUCUCAGUUCCGCUUCAGCAUGCCGUCGGACGACCUCGAGCCAUUCGACGAGCUCCUGGACUUCGCCAUCUUCCGCUGCAACUACGGCGCCCCUAUCGACGAGAUACAUCUGAACGCGUGCAAGUACGCAACAGAGGAGAAGGUGGAGAGGCUGAGGGAGGUCGUGGUCGAUGUGCAGUGGGACGAGUGGGAGAUGGACGUCACUACGGAAGAAGAGGAGUACGACAGCGACGAGUGUUAG